CAGUUCAUGACUGGUGAAAUCAAGGUGCUCCAGUCAAAAAACUUGUAUUAGACAUGGCAUUGUAUGGCGGAAGAUUAACCGUAGAUCAUCUAGAUAAUGGAAUAAUAUAAUAAUGGAAGCAUAUAAUAAUGAAAAGAAUAACAUAAUAAUGGAAUUGGUGCUCCAGCUCAGCAUUCAUCCGUUGCUCGAUCAUACAUUCACGAGGUUGACAUUAUGAGCUUUCGUGAAAUUACCGAGAAAUUUAGAAAUGAAACUUGGAAGAUUAUUUACAAUGAGGAACAGCAGGAAAAGGUUUUAAAUGUUAAGAAAUUUGGCCUCGGUGGUGCAAUGUUAUGGAGUAUAGAAAGUGAUGAUUUCAAGGGCAUUUGUGGAAGAAAAUAUCCUCUUCUCAAUACAAUGAAAAGUGUUAUUUUAUAUGACGUAUUCUACAUCGUUAAUCCAAAACACUAACAAAAGAAAUAAAUACGAUUGUA